AUGGGCGAAUUCUAUGUUGACAUCGAUGUUUGUUCCAAAAGCGGUGCAGGCGCCAAACCUCUGCGGGUAAAAGUCAAUACCGGGGCCAAAUACACCGUCCUGCCAAGCGGCUUGCUGCGCAAGUUAGGUUGGGAGCCGGAACCGGCAGAACCUAUGCCCUGGGGAUGGCCGAUCGAGUUGUUUUAUGAUGUAGAUCCCGAGGCGCAUAAACUGACCCCUCUCCCCGACGUGAAAGUGGGCGAGGUCAAGUUGCGCAUUGGCGAUCAAGAUUACCCCCACAGCGUCAUUUAUGGUGCGGAUGAUAGCCAGCCGGUACUGGGCAGUUGGACGGUUCGCGGGUUCGUCUUCGAUGCCGACGAACCGAACCAGCGCGUCAUCCCCAGCCAGUUAAUCUACCGCUGA